CCGGUGCGGUUCAGUAGACGCACAGCCUCCUCCUCCAGCAGAGCAGCGCCGCGUCUCGUGUUCCUCCGGUAACAUGGUGUGCAGCGCGCGGCAGUAGACAGUAUCGCUGGACCGUCUGCUCUCCUUAUACAACAUAUCAACACAUCGAGGGAAACUUCGCCUUUCUUGGAUACGGUCUGAUCCAGGGGCCUCGGUGUUGUCACUGCGCACAUAGAUACGUAUCAUCAUGGGAAAACAGAACAGCAAACUCAGGCCCGAGAUGCUACAGGACCUGAGGGAGAACACGGAGUUCACUGACCACGAGCUGCAGGAGUGGUACAAGGGCUUCCUGAAAGACUGCCCCAGUGGGCAUUUGAACGUUGAGGAAUUUAAGAAGAUCUAUGCCAACUUCUUCCCAUACGGCGAUGCCUCUAAGUUUGCUGAGCACGUCUUUCGUACGUUUGACACCAACAACGAUGGGACCAUUGACUUCAGGGAGUUCAUCAUUGCUCUGAGUGUGACAUCGCGAGGAAAACUGGAGCAGAAGCUGAAGUGGGCCUUCAGCAUGUAUGAUCUGGAUGGUAACGGUUACAUCAGCCGCGAUGAAAUGCUGGAGAUCGUGCAGGCCAUUUAUAAGAUGGUGUCAUCGGUGAUGAAAAUGCCUGAGGAUGAAUCCACACCAGAGAAGAGGACAGAUAAGAUAUUCAGACAAAUGGACCUGAACAAUGAUGGCAAGCUGUCUUUGGAAGAGUUCAUAAAAGGUGCCAAAAGUGAUCCCUCCAUUGUGCGGCUACUGCAGUGUGACCCCAGCAGUGCUUCGCAGUUUUGAGUCGCUCCAGACAAGCGGCACUCAUUGCAUGAAAGCUCUUAUAUCUCAUUCUACUUUGUGUUCCAGACAGAAGAGUUUUAAGAGAAAAAAAAACGUGCAACAAUUUUACUUUCCGUUUUUCCCAGAAAGGACAUGCGUACAUCUGAAGAACAAAGACAACACCUGCCAGGACGUUCUCUGUCUGCUGCGUGUCAUCUGUCCUUGUCUCUGCAGAAGCUGAUGGAGUUCUCGACUCCAAAAAUAUAUUAAAAAGCGGCUGAUUGUGUACCAGGGUCCAGAUUUUGGAAAGGAAUGUUCCUUUUUAGGAAUCGUGCAUGCACUCUUGAUCUUCACCACCCUUCUUGUGUUAAAUAUGCGUGUUGUUUUGUUUCUCUUUCCUGCUGUUUUGUGAGGGCACAGUUCCCCAUCUACUUUUUAUAUUGACAUUUAAGUGUAUAUACAGUAUAAAUGCAUAUAGAAACAUGUUAGGACUACAAAGAAGAGCAGUUAUAGAUGUCUUUUUACUCACAUGCAUUUUACGGCAGUAUUAUGUAGCUUCAGGCAGUGUCCAAAACUUCGCCUCCAAUUGACCCAGUGGACUGAAUGUUGGGAUUUUUCUGCUCUGGCACUCAUGAUCUUUAUUUUACAAAGAGAAGGCUGAGGAUCCCAUUCUUGAAUUCUGUUCAUUUAAUUUUGUUGUUGUUGUAAAUAUGUGGUUUGCUUCCAUAUUUCCUUAUUUAUUUUUUUGCAUUUUAAUGGUGUUUAUUUUACCAAGGGUGAUUUUAUUACUGUCGAACCGAAAAUUGGUGAUGUAUUAUGCCGUUUGGAGUAAGUUGUUAGUCAUUCAAGGCUUUUCAAUGCAUUGUGGGAAAUUUUUGCAUCAGGGGACACAUUCCGGUGAAUGGAAGACACUGGUAGCACAUAUUAUUUGAAGCAUUUCAUCUGUGUGCGUGCGGUUAUGCGCGUUUGUAUGUACGCAAGAGUGACUGUUUGCAUGUUUUGGUCUAUAUGGAUCUGUGCUAAAUUUAUAGUAUUACUUUGUGUAGUUCAAUACAAUAUCUUUGUAUGCAAGUAAGUUUUUGAACCCCGAUUUGAAGCAGCAAACUCGUGAUACCUUUAUCAUGCAUCAUAUGGUACUCAAAAUCACAAUCUUAGGUUUCCAUCAACAACAUAGACUGGAAUGUACAAUGCUAUAAGUUAUAAUCAUGACUCACCUUUAGAUAAAGAGCUUGAAUCCUAAAAGCGAUCACUAAGGGCUUAUUUCCACUCUUGAAUGAACAGGUUGUAAGGAGAAGGCCAUUGCUUUGGUUUUUCUUUUCAUUUUAUGCAACGACGACUGACAUUCCAUGACCUGAAUUCUCCAGAUGCUCCUGCUUUUUGUAACAUACAGUAUUAGCUUGUGAACUCCAUACAUGACCACUCUCAAAACGUGUAGCUCUCUCACAUUGCUGGCAUCCAUGCUACUUCCAUAUUUGUACCGAGACCGUAUUUGAUGCUGCACCCUCUAUGGCAACUUUCCUCUAUUAUGUUGCAUGAAAACCUCAUGCGAGGACAGAAUGAUUGUCCCCUUUUACUGACGUUGAAAAAUAUACUUCUGUGUUUAGAA